GGGAAACAGGGAGAAAGUGGUGUCUGAGGUGAAGGUGGUAGUGGAGGCACUGCUGCGGACAAUUCAACGUGAGAAACUUUGUGUUUGUUAGGUUUUCAUCUUUGCUUUCUUCUUUAUGGUGUUUUAACACUGCCCAGAGGUCAGAGCUUCCCUAGCAGCUGCCUUUACACGUGUGCAGUGCUUAGGCUGAGCCUCCACAUGUACGUGUAACAAAUCUGUGGUGAAUCCCCCGUGGAAGACCUGGAAAUCAAUAAUAGCAGUGCUUCUCAGAACCAACAAGCAAUAAUUUUUCUAAGUAUCCCUAAAAUUGGGUAAAGGAUGAAAAAAAUGCCAUAAUAAAUUGUUCUUAUUUCUAAUAUACUAAUGGAAAUAGUGAUACAAUUUCUCAGCUUUGUAAUGUUCUUUUAAACAGAUUAAUGCAAAUACAGUAGUUUCAAGUGGGCGUAUUCUCAAGGGGCUUACAUUAUUGUGGGGAAUAGACAUGAUCUCAGUGUAGUUACAGUAACACAGAUUUUGUUGAGUGGAAGGGAAUGAGGGGAAGUAAAUAUAUAAAUUAAAAAUAUUCUGAAGUAGUUAAGAACUAAACUGAGUCGAUGGUCAGAGAGGAUCUUGCACUUGUCUGUUUGCGCUUCCUAGUGGCUUUUUGUGCGUGUUCCCAUAAAAGCUAUUAUGUAAUGGUGCUUCUCUUGGCAGGAAUCUAUUGUCACCGUAAUUCCUGAGGUUUCUGGAGCAAUGCAGCUUGUUCAGAAGAGUCGUGGUCAGAAUAAUGGGAAGAAAAGUUCUUAAGAGGAGGUGUUUGACCUCUUUAAUUUUUCAUGCAGUAGGACUAAGCUCAAGACAUCUGGAUCUUUUCCAGAGUGUCUUUGCUGUCCUCUGUUGUUCAGCUUGUCUUUCUUUUCUCCUAGGCUGCGCUAUAGCUGUCGGGCACCAGCUAGCUGCUUACAUCUGCAUCAGAGCUGGGAAAACAUUGACUCUCUCCUUUAAAAAUAUUUGUUAUACUUCUCUUUCUAGUGGUUUUUUUUUUCUUUUCCCCUCUGAACAGAUGCAAAAGUGAUAUAGUUAAAGCACUUAACUGUUACUUAGACAAGAAAAAAACUUGAGAUAAUGGAGAAAGCAAACUCUCCCAGUUCUCUAGUUUGAACUUGUCUGUAUACAUCAAAGGGAGGCAAAAUGCCUAAGCAGAGAAGGAAUUUACAUAUUAAAUGCCAGUGCUCUAAGGAUUGGUGCUCUCUGUGGUGUCUGUAGUUUAUCGUUGAUUUCAUCCACCUCCUCUUCAGGUGUCUGCCAUAAAUCUCUGCAAGUCUGCCUCCUUUUCUUCUUUUCAUGACCUGCUUUUUUGGGGGUAUAUUUUGAUGAUGAGAGAAUAAUUCUGUCUAGUAGUGUAAUUUGGUGGCCAGUUGUGGCACUGGCAGAUUUACAGAUCAUACUUGUGUCUUUGUAACAUUCAUGUUGUUUCUGAUAGUAAUUCUUUAAGCAAAACUUUGAGAAAUAACUAGUUUUCUUGUUUGCAUUUUCAUCUUCCCUCUUACAUUGGCUUGUCCUGUUAUUUAAAUGAAUGUUUUAUGGAUCACUAGAAAAGACAGUACCAUCCAAAAGUAGGAAAGCAUGUUUCUUUAAGGGCCACUGGGUGAAGGAUGUGCUUGAAAGAUCUGCAGCUUAAUCUAACUAGAUUUGAAAAUUGAAAGUCACUGUAGAGCGAAGUAGCACAUGAUAAGGGAGCCAUAACCUCCUUUUAGACAAGUUACUGUCAAAACCCAGGUGCCCCCAUAUCCUCUUUUAAGGCAGAUUACUCUCUGAAGUAGGGGUCUGGGAAAGUACUAAUCUCGAGGCAGAAAUUUCCCAACCACAAAUGUAGCAGAGACUUUGGCUCUGUCCCCUUCUCUCUCUGCUUGUCAUGCAAAUUGACCACCUGCAGGUGUUGAGGAGGACCCAAUGUCCUUGAGUUGUGCAGUGCUCAGAGUCUCUGUUGAAGCAGUUUCCACACAGUUAUCAGCAGUUUAUAUUUAGUGCAGCUUGUGAAGGUGGACUGAAAUGGCUGCUUGAGCACAGCUGCCUGGGCAGUCAGCAAGUAAGGGUAACUGGAGUCACUAAAUGUGCGUCCUGCCUGCAGUGUAGUGGUUUUGAUGGAAUUCGUUCUGUCUUGGAGUCAGGGUUGUUUUCUGCUGCUUUGCUUCUGCCUCAAGAAUUGUUACAACUCUCAGUGAGAGCAGCCUGCCAUGGUCUUAACCUCAGCUGUGCAACAACCGUAGAUUUGGGUUUCUGUGAGUGUUCCUCUUGCGUCACUUCUGCUUUCUGUCGGUGUACUUGCUCACACCACAGCCACCUACUGCUGUACUGCCUGAAUACGCCUCUUCCUUGUUCUGCUUUUGUGAGCAAACGGAUGUAAGUUGCUGGCCUCUGUCAGUCCGGGAAGGUAGGACGCUGCACUCAGGGUCUGUGUCAGGCCACUGCUCUUGUAUUUUUUUUUUCCCUUUUGAAAGUUGCGUCUCUUUUUGCUUGCCUGAGAUACUUCCAGAGAAGCCUAUUAUCUAUGAAUAACUGCCUGAAAGGACAGUAGCUUGGAAGCCUUGCUCCAGAGUUUCCUGGACUGUGUCCUUUUUUGCACUCUGCUUGGCACAGGGACUCCCUGCAGCUCCUCUGCCCUCUGAGCCACUUGUUGGCUGCUGUAACCAGCUGAUCCCAGCUGAUCAGGCUUAGCUGGGAGAGGCAUCUUUCACUGGCAGGGUUGGUCCCAUAACCUGUUUGCCUGAAAGACUGGGAAGGGGAGAGGAGAGGCAGCAGGGAUUGAAUUCUGCUUUAGGAAUAUGUAAAUAUAAACAUGAAGGCAUUUCCUAGAACAGGGAAAGGGGAAAAGUAACCCAAAAAUAGCAAAGGUAUUGUAGUAUUACUUACAGUAGAUUUCUUUUGCCAAAAUACAGUAGUCUGUAAUUAUGUCUAGUUGUCAUGACAAGUGUCAUGUCCUUAGAAAUGCCAUCAUACAUGUUUAAUCUCUUGUCAUUAAGUUACUCUGGGUACAAAUAGAAUUAUUUCAGUUGUAGCAAUUUAACCUCCAACACAAAGUGUUGUAGUUGGGAGCAGGUAGAUUAUUCCAGUGAAGCACUCUGUCUUUUUAAGCCCAUCUGUGUAAUUCAUCUGUCUUUGCUGGUCUGUAGUUAAUAUAGAUGGUAUUUUCCCUGACUCUGCUAAGAGUCUUAUGUAUGCAGCUGCAAAAAUUGAUUUUAACUGUAAUCAGUAGAAAUAGUUCCUAUAAAUGUCAGGAAGUGCGCUUUUGUCUGUACGAGAAAGUUUUCAUCUGUCAUUUGUAUGUUGGCUGUUUUGUUACUCAGCAGUGGCAGCUACUGCUCUCUCGCAGGAAGCUUUGUGCUCUCACAUGGCUUACUACAUGAUGCAGUCUGCAAAGUCUGUUUUCAAACCAAGCAUAGUGAUGCUAAUAAGAGACCAAUGAAAGCCUGGCCUACUGUUUGCUUGCUUAUUUCUUUAUUUUAAAUAUUUGUGUGUAGUAAUUCAAGACAGUUUUUUGAGGAAGCUCACGUUGAAGAGCUGCAGGACCAGGAGUUAGAGGAGUAAAACCCCUACUUCUUUCCCACUGUCUCAGUUGUCCCCCCAGUUUCUCUUUCCCUGUGUGUUGAACAGUGGGCAGGCUCCAAAAGUGGAAUGUACAUGGAGAACUUUGUCUGCAGCACAAGGGACCUCUGUGUCUCAUGUCACUCUGGUGAUUCCCUGAGGGGAGCUGCUAGCGUGGCAACCAGCCCAGCAGCAGUAAAUUGGCUUCCUGGUAUAAGUGAGUGUUGAGUGGAAUGGGUUGGUCAUCACUGCUGUGGUAACCUUGUAACAAGGCAAAGUACAGCUUUCGGAGCUGGUUGAGCAGAGUCACGGGAAAUUGGCCACUGGAAUCACUUUCAUGUGCUCUAGGUGUGUGAAUCAACCUGUCGUCACUGAAUUGUCAGUUUAAUCUGGCUAACUUGACAACCAUUGUAUGCUGGCCUGUGUCAGUACCAGGGUGCUGUGAAGCAGCCUCUGCAGUGAUUUCCAGCAGCUAUACUCAAGUUCUUCUGAGGAGCAGGACUUGGAGAUGGAGGCUGAGGCAGUGUUGCUAGAGACCAGGGAAGGACCAAGGUGCUCCUGAUCAACCAGAUAUUUCAGAAAUUUUUUAAAAAGAAACCUUGGUGGGUGAAAGAUGUGCCAUGGAAUGGUAGCAUCAAAGAGCAGCACAGGAUCAUCUCUUGCCUUGACUGGCCAUGGGUUAUUUCGUCUGCUAGUUAUCUUUGGUUCCUUUAUCUUGGAAGCACAGUCCACAGGUUGGCUAAGCAAAUCCAAAGGACCUGCAUAUUGUCCCCAGCCACCACAACCUGAGAAUGGUGGCUAUAAAUGCCACCCUAGCCCCUGCAACAACCCUCUGACUUCAGGCAGUGUCAUAGAGUAUCUGUGUGUUGAAGGCUACAUGCUGAAAGGAGAUUAUAAAUACUUGACAUGCAAGAAUGGAGAGUGGAACCCAGCCAUGGAAGUCAGCUGCAGACUCAGCCCAGAAAAGGAUUCUCCUCCCACAAUUGGAGUGCCCACGCUGUCCAUAGUAGCCUCCACAGCGAGCUCUGUCGCCCUGAUUCUGCUGUUAGUUGUGCUGUUUGUUUUGCUGCAGCCCAAGCUGAAGUCAUUCCAUCACAGCAGGCGGGACCAAGGUGUGUCUGGAGAUCAGGUCUCUAUUAUGGUGGAUGGUGUCCAAGUGGCCUUGCCAUCCUAUGAAGAAGCAGUAUAUGGCAGCACAGGGAAUUGCAUUCCACCCUCAGACUCCCGAGUGCAGAUCGUGCUCUCAGAGGGAGCUGGACAGAAUGGACCCAGAGAGAUGCAGCAGCCGGACCAAGGGGCUCACAAUACCUUUGAAAGAGAAGAUGAAGCCCCUGGACAUUCUGGACUGUGUGAAGCCAGUGGCUCUCAGCGCUCUGAAACUGUUCUUGUGCAUCAGGCUGCUACCUCCUCCUGGGUAGCUGGCAUGGCUAGCAGUAGACCUGUACCCAAAGAGGUCCAAGAUUCAGAAAGCAGUGACAUACAGAGCCUUUUAUCACUCACUUCCUCUGAGGAAUACACAGAUGAUAUUCCCUUAUUGAAGGAAGCAUGAGGUCUGCUGUGUUUGUCUAGUUUUCUCCAUCUUGGAUUUCUUCCUCCUCUUCUCUCCCUGCCUUUGGGACAGAAGCACUCUGUGCAGUCUUCCCCAUCCUCGCAAGCUGUACCCUGGAUACCUCCAAGAAGAGACGCCCUCAGCUGAAGAUCCAAAGGAUGUCGCCAGGUUGCCUCCUGGAUGCACCAGUGGAGUUGGUGCAGCACUGGCUUCCCCAUUCCAUCAGCAUCAGGGGCUCAAGGAACAGAGUGGAUUUGAGCUCUCCUCUCCUCCUCCCCAGCCAGAUGUUUGACAGCAGUCUCUGAAGAGCUGCUUUUUUCUUGUGCCUUUCUCCUCCUCACACCGGCUUGUUGCAGCUUAUCAGCCUUUCUAGCCCUUCUGCUGCCCAGAGAGCAGGGGCUAAACCCGCUUGCUCGCUGGGUGCAGACACAGUUUAAAUAUACAUAUAUAUGUUAUAUAGGCUCUUCUUCCAGCAUCCUCUUCGUGAUAGGGCAGGAAAAAUGCCUCACUGGGACUGACAUUGGGCUUGGGAGGGCUGCAGAUAAGGGGUAGCUUGUGAUGUCUGUCUAGAAGCGCCUGAGAUGAGAUGGGCUGUGUGACAGCUUAGCCCUGCAGGAACAGUUCACUGAGAAUUGUUUAAACACUGAAGGCUGAGAAGUCCAACAUGUAGGAAUGCCCUCUGUCCCAUCUCUGCAGGAGUCCAUUCCUGAAAAUGACUUUUGUCUCCUCCUUCUUCCUCUACCAGUGGAGCCCACUGGAUGAGGUUCAGGUAUUUGAAAAUACCAAGACAAAAAAAUGCCUGUAGGUAGUGAAUUCCUAGUGCCAUUGGUGCAAUCCCAAAUUCCUUUUCCAGCCAUAGUAGGUACUUGAAUCCUGGGUAGCUGCCAUCUCAUAGGCUGGUGUGUCUUCCUUGCUUCAUACAGCAAAGGGUCUGCUGUUUUAACCCGGUGGGCUCCAGGGGGCCCAUGGAGAAGGGCUCCUCCCUUGUGGCUGGGGGUAAGCAGCUUCUGUAAAGCUUCUCCUAAACACAGUGCCAGCCUGUUGCUGUAAGGGAAAGUUGAGUACACUGACAGCAGUGCUAGAGGACACCACAGCUCAGUGCUGAAGUUUUGAGGAUUGUUUCAAGUUCUGGUAGUAGGGAAGAGAAAAUUCAGAAAUAAGUGUACCUCUGCCCGCCACAGUUAUCUACAGCAGGUCAGAUUGUCUGUGUUGGGAUUCUAUAACUGCAGGAAGCCACAUUUGUCUGGGGUAGACAGUCCAAGUCCAAGUGCUGUGGUGGUGGUAAGGUUCCUCACUGAGGUCUGUUCCAUGGGAUUGGUUUCAGCAAGAAGAGUUUGCUUCUUAGAUGCAUGUACUUGUCAUAACUGUCUUGAAGUAACCAGGGAAGUGUUUGCCCUGUGAGAAGCUGCUACAUUUUUGAGUUGAAGGAGCAAAAUGUCAUGGCCUUACACAUCAUGUGGUAAUGUACAGGUGAACAGGGAUGCUGUCUUUGCUGCUUUGCUUUUGGUUUGCGAUCCUCACCAUCCUUAUCCUCGUUGCUACAGUAGAAAACUAUUACAGCACUUGACAACAAUGAAGAAACAUCUUUAUGUACAAAAUCACUGUGGCUUAGCUCCAGUUCUUUGAAAUGGGGAUUGGCCAUAGUGUCCAGCUGUGUAUUUGCUAUUCCUUUUCCUGAAUAGCUGUUAAAUCGCAGGACACAUGGAAUACUGUGUGCCUGUGGAUGGAAGAAUCCUUUUUUCCCUAUCCUUGUUAUAGAGGGAUGUUAAUUUAAAAUUAAAGUGUUUUAAACAUCCUUCCCUGUUGCUCAUGUUACCUUGCAUUAACACAGGAAUUGGAUAAAUCCCAUUUGGGUGGUUUAGGUAUUUUUAAGUUUGGAUGGUGAAAAUCUUGUGUCAUUUUACAGUGGGCUGUGGUGUCUCAGCUUCAAGAGCUGUAGAGGACAAAUGUUGUUUACACAUCUGCCAUUGGAAUUUUUAAAAAUAAGCAUGGGGACAAUUGUAUUUAGCUUUUUGACUGUUGGAAAUGGUCUAAGCUUGAGUAAAUUCUCCUUCUUUGGUUUAAUGGAGGAUUUGAGCAAGUGUAGUGGUAAGGGAGUGGGGAGGAAAGUCUGUGUGACUUUACUGCUGCCUAAACAGCUCAGAGCAGGAGUUGCUUUUUAUGCAUUUAAGGUCCUGUCUGCUCAAACUGACCCUCUGCAAUUCAAAGUAUAGAAGCUGGGAAUGUGUUGCCUUCCUGAAAGGGGUAGUGCUAGUUCCAGGUUGGUGGGAAAAGCUGGAAGCUGAUCCCAAAGCCUAACCUUGUGCUGGACGAGCACCACCAGCAGAAAGCACAUCCUCUGUGGCCUGGCCUCCUCUCUGCUGUUGUAAAACAAGCAACUGCCAGCUUGGAAGAGAAAAUUCAGUUUGAGUGGGGAAGAAAAGGAAGCAAGCUCUACAAAGAGGGACUACUUUAAUUUCACAGAAUCACACAGAAUUAAGUAGGUUGGAAAAGACCUUUAAGACCAUCAAGUCCAACCUGUGACCAGACACCACUUCGUCAACUAGACCAUGGCACUGACUGCCACCUCCAGGGAUGGUGAUUCCACCACCUCCCUGGACAGCCCAUUCCAAUGCCCAAUCACUCUUUCUGUGAAGAAUUUAUUCCUAAUGUCCAGCCUAAACUUCCCCUGGCACAGCUUAAGACUUUACCUGAGAGCAGAAACUGACUCCCACCUGGCUACACCCUCCUUUCAGGGAGUUGUGGAGAGUGAUAAGAUUUCCCCAAGCCUCCUUUUUUCCAGGUUGAACAACCCCAGCUCCCUCAGCCUCCUCGUAGGAUUUGUGCUCCAGACCCUUCACCAGCCUUGUUGCUCUUGUCUGGAUGCAUUUGAGCAUCUCAAUGUUCUUCCUAAAUUGGGGGGCCCAGAACAGGACACAGCACUCAAGGUGGGGCCUCACUUUGCCGAGUACAGGGGGACAAUCACUGCCCUGGUCCUGCUGGCCACACUGCUCCUGAUACAGGCCAGGAUGCCAUUGGCCUUCUUGGCCACCUGGGCACACUGCUGGCUACAUGCUCAGUCUGACAUCAGUCAGUGAACACAGGUUCUUUUCUGCCUGGCAGAUGUCCAGCAGCUCUUCCCCUAGCCUGUAGCACUGCAGGGGGUUGUUGUGGCCAAAGUGCAGGACGUGGCACUUGGUCUUGUUAAAGCUCAUAUCAUUGGAUUCUAUAAAAAUUGUUGGAAAUGGCUUUACUAACGAGCUGGGGAAAUGCAGAGGUGGAGGAGGGAAAUAUGCAAGUGUAGCUAUUGUGAUCAAGCAUGAACAGGCAGCUUCUGUCGGCUUGUUGAGGGUGAGCCAGCAGCUUCCAGGCCAGUCUCUGUGCUGGCUGGUAAUUCAUCUGAUUAUUCCAGACCCUGCAGAAGAGCUCUAUUCCCUGCAGCAAAUCUUGUGGGAACAAGCCCCAGGGAUCUGUGUGAGCCAGAAUAUGGAACACAGUUUGGAGGUAUCACACUGCUUGUCUGCAUCCUCAGCUUUAGAGUUAAUUUUCUUAUAAAAUGAGGUGAAGCAGCAGGAGAGGAACCCAAAAGACAUCUGACAACUUUUUCAAGGGGGAGGGAGAGCAAGGCCUCACUUUAGUGGUUAUCCAAUGAUUAUUAUUCAUUCGUGUUUGUUUUAAUUCUGCAGAGGCUGAAGGACUGAGAAGUCUUUGUGUAGAGAUGCAGGAAAACCUACUCUGCACAGUCCUAUCUUUACUUAUGGGAGCAAGGCCUGAAGCCUAAAGAUCGCUCAGAUGUGAGCUGUGCUCUGCCUCGGAAGUGUUUGUUAUCUCUGAGCUGAGUGUGUUCUCUCUGCAUUUUGCCAUAAGUAGAUGCAGCCUGGAUCUCAGUGUUGUGGAUAGGAAGCACAGAGGCUUGGCCUUGCAAGAUGUGGUACAGUAAAUGGUUUUUUCCCUUCUUUUUUUUCCCUGAUGGGGCCACAGUCUCCAUACCUUCUCUUCCACCACCUAUGUCUGGCAAAAGGUUUCAAAGGGAAGCAUUUUUUCUUACUUAACACUCCCAACAUAAUCAUCUCAUGCUUUGCCAUAUGUGCUGGAUCCUGUGAUAUUCAAGAACAUUAAAAUUAUUUCAUUAUAUUGAGAAAAAUAAAAAUAGCACUUAUUUUAAGCUUUCCAUUAUUUUUGGAGUCUGGUAGUUGGUGGGGGGAGGGGAAGGGCAUUUCAGAAAUUCAGGAUAUUAUGUGCAAUAGAAAAACUUCCUCUCUCCUUUCCAGUUCCAUAAUUCUUUAAAAAAACAAAUGCAACUCAUUGCAGUGUUUACAGCCCAAGCAUUGUAGAACUGGACCAGCCUGAGAGAAGCGGGAUGUGAAGUUGGCAGUGACCCAUGGUGAAGCGGGCCAGUCUCUCAUCAGGGUCUGCAUCAUGAAGCUCACCUCAAAUGGUGAGCCAGCUUGGACUGUGUCACAGCCUCCUGCAGCCUUGAAGGGUGUCAGCAGCACUGGUGAGAGAGGGGUUUGUGUGUUCUGGUUUUAAACAGCUUGUGCCUCCCCAUCAUUAACUGCAGAAGAUGUAAAAAUUAAGUCAGGAGAGAUGCACUGAAGCAUGUGAGCCUUUGGAGUUGUUGCUGAGUUAAAACAUCAUGAGUUUGGGAGGGAGAAGAGCUUAAUGCAUUUUUAUCCUUAACCACCGGGGAAGUUGCUGGGUAGCAGAAUGUGUACUCAGCAAGCAGAGUGCUUUUCACCCCCUGGACACCUCUGCUGAGGUUUCUCCUUGGCCUUUCAGCUCUGGUGUGGUGAAUUGUUUAUUGCAUCUGGAGUCUUAAUUUGGCCUGUCAGUGUGUGGAGAACUCAGGUGUGUUAGGAAGGAAUCUGUUCCACGUGCUUUGGGAAGAAACACGCUAAGGUGCUCCAAGAGGUGGAUGACUUGGGUCAGUACUGAGGAGUGGGGCUGAGAGCAACUGGCUCAGCCAUUGGAAAUAAUCUGGGAUGAUUAGGUCAUUUGCAGCACAGAAAAGGGAACACAAGGAGCUGUCUAAGGAAGAGCAGGAAACAGAGGUUUACUACAGGCUAAUGAGUUAAUGCAAUCAUGACCAGGUUGUAAGGAAGCUUAUGCUUUGUUAGAUGAUUUAGCGUACACCAGCAGGCUUGCUGUAUAAAAAAAAAUAAAUUAAUGUGCAACUGGUUGGACACACUGAGCUGUCCUUGCUGACCUUUUUAGAACAUACUUGCAAAAAAUGUGGUUUUACUGUUCUGAUAGCAGUUUAAACAAAAAAUCUGCCUUGUUACUCUAUCCAGAUAUCUAUUUAAAUAUAUUUCACUUCGGUUUUUUGUAUAUAAAUGCAAUAAAUCCCAUUCAUUUUGCACAUCCUGCCUCACCCCGUCCUCACCCUUCAGUCCUUACCAGGGAACAGCAGAUUGAAUUUGCUCUAUGUGAAAACCUUUGCUUGCAGAAGAACUUCAGUAGAAAACAGUUUUUCUUUACUAUAGGCUUUGAAAGUGCAAAGAGGUUUCCUAGAGCAGGCUUCAUUCUAAGGUGUAUUUUUAUACAAGAAGUAAGCCUUUUUCCAGUCCUAGCACACCAGGACAGAGCACACCACUUCCCACACUUCAGGGCCCUGUGCUCAGCACUGCUUUCAAACUCAACCCUCUGCAGGUGAUGUUCAGAUCUCUGUACCCACCAGAACAUGUUGUGUUGAUGCUCUGCAUAUGCUUUCUGUAAACUAUGCUUUUGCUUCUGUCCUUGAGUGAGAUCAGGCAGAGGCAACUGAGUUCUGCUGGAAAAUGUUUUAGUUCAGAUUCUCAAAGUUGCUUCCUUCCAAAAGAAAGCAAAGUGAAGUUGUCUGUGAAGCAGAAAUCCAAUGAUGUGGUGGGUAGACUGCUGGUAGUUGCUGAUCCAAGUGCAAGGGGAGCUUGAUUGCCUUUCUGCAUUAAUCUUUUCUUUCCUAUAUGUGUUUUCUUUUUAUCUGAAUUGCACCACUAUGGAAUUAUUUGCAGAAUGGUACUCCAUAUAUAUGUGGGAUUUAAAACCAUAACUGAUGCUGUGCAGGAUGUCACUCAAUCAGUUUUAUUUUGCUUUAUUUUAUAUGUAUUUUCUGGUAUCCUGUACAUUGCAGUGGGUGUGAAAAUAGUAUUUUAAUAUUUGUACAAAGUUUAAUUUAAUUGUUCUAUGUAUAUAACUGCAUUUCUAAAUUAAAAAAAUUCUUUUGAAGUGAA